UUUGUAAUAAUUCAUCCCUAAAGGGGAAGAGGGAAAAUGGAGAAAACUCGAAGAGGGCAAACCAGUUGUUCUUCUGAUACGUCUCUCUGAAAUUGUGGCAUUGAGAGAGAGAGAGAGAGAGAGAGAGUAUUAGGGUUCUGAAAGGCGCCAUGAAUAUGUUCGGUAGGGCACUUGCAGGAGAGCUUCUGCUCUCAUCUCCUUCUUCUUUAUCAAGAAAAUGCCUCUCUCUGCUGCUUCGACAACAGCAUCUACAAAUACAACAUCCCGUAGCUUUUCCGCAACAACGCCCAUCUCUAUACUCAACAACCACCGGUACUAAAACCCGUAGUCCUAGUUUCUUAAAGAAUCAGGGGGAGAGGUACACCGCUAAAAACCCUAAACCCUUGAUGCAGCCCGAGAUUGUUCAGAAUCAAACCCCAGAGGCCCAGAGAGUGAUACCACCGAUGGAACACGGGAUAAAGAAGAAAGAACAAUUGCCGAACGCCGAUUUGCCGAGACCGAGCGAGAUUCCAUGGCAGUCUAAGGUUGCCAACUCGGUCAAUCUGAUUGGGCAGGUCCAGAUUCCAGUCCAGUUCGAAGCUUCCCCCGAUGGCAAAUACUGGGCUGGCACCAUCAUCUCCCAAAGCGACGGAAAUUCUUUGGAUACUCCACCUUUUUGGAUUCCAAUAAUUUUUGAAGGUGACCUAGCACAUAUUGCGGCCUGCCAUCUGAAAGCCAAGGACCGUGUUCACAUAUCUGGACAGCUGAGUGCAGAUCCACCACCAUUCACUAUGGGUGAAGGUCAAGCAAAUGUUCAGGUUAUGGUGCGUAGCAUAAGCUUUGUACAGGGAUCUUCUCAGAUGAAGAAAGUCGCAACACCACAAAAUCUUCAGCGGGAUAGUAGUGAUGCUGUUAGUGCGAUUGAAGAUGGUGGAGAUCCUGCAUUUCAGUCUUGGAGGGACCUCAUAAGAAAUCCACUAGAAUGGUGGGAUAACCGAGAAGAUAAACUCAAAGGAUCUGUAAAACCAAAAUACCCAGAUUUUAAGCACAAGGAUAGUGGUCUUGGCCUCUGGCUUAACAGCGCCCCGAAAUGGCUACGGCCACAACUCGAAGGUCUAGAAUUUGCUGCUCAACUUCCUAAAGUGAAACAAGGAAAGAGUUCUGGAGGUGGGCCACAACUCGCAGGUCUUGAAUCUGCUGCUCAGCUUCCUAAAGUGAAACAAGGAAAGAAUUCUAAAGAUGAUGACUCCUGGAAGAACUUGGUGGAAAAUCCUGAUAAAUGGUGGGACAAUAGAAUGAAUAAGAUGAAAGAAAAGUCUCCCGACUUCAAACACAAAGUAACAGGUGAAGCACUAUGGCUAAGCGAUUCCCCGGAUUGGGUAUUGUCUAGGUUGCCUCCUUUGAAUUCUACACGCGCUGCGACAUUUGCCAAGAGGGAUAAGCCGCUAUCUGAAGCCAUGUAAGGAGAAGAAACAAACUGUGGAGAGAAGGGUGGAUUUCUUCCUUGUAGUUGGGUUUCCUAAUGAGGCAUUCUUAGGAUGUUGGUUUGUGUAUAUCAGGUGUAGUUCCUUCAGUAGUGAAAACGUGGAUUGUUUGCAGUUAUCUCAGCUACUAAAUUGUGGGCUUUAAUUCCAAUUUUUUGAUAUUUUCCAACAUUUUUUUUUGUUCUGUUUUGAAAAUUUCACCGUUUUAUUAAGGUGCAUCAACAGCGUUCUUUUAAA